CGGAAAAUACAGGGCCAAAAAAAAUUAUUGUUUUAGGGAGAAGAAAACAGUGUGAAUAAAAAGUAAAAAAUGAAGAAAAAUACCAAAAGCAGAGUGUCAUGGUGAAACAUUGGAAGAAAAUCCUUUGUCCUUCUCUCUCUCUCUCUCUCUCUCUCUCUCUCUCUCAAACCUUUCUUCAUCUUCUUCUUCUUCCUUUGUAUCUCUUAGCUUUCUCCAUCCAUGGCCUGCAAAAGCGAUUUCUUACUGUUAUUGUUCAUUUCCUUGUUUUCAAUAAAGUUUGUUCUCUGUCAGAAAAUCUCCAACAAUCUUGACCAAUUGGACUCGAACCCAUCAGACUGCAGCAACCGUCGGAUCCACAUCAGACGGCUACCAUCCCGUUUCAACCUUGAUCUUCUCUCAAACUGCUCCGAGUACCCUCUUUACGGCGAUUUCUGUCCUUACUUGCCCAACCAUGGCCUUGGCCAAAAAACCCACAUUCGCUCACAGAGCUGGUAUCGAACCGACCCUUUAAUGCUUGAGCUCGUAUUCCAUCGCCGAAUGCUUGAAUACCCAUGUCUGGUUUCAGAUCCCGAUGCAGCGGACGCAAUUUACCUCCCCUAUUACGCAGCCAUUGACGCUCUUCGAUACCUCUACGGCCCUGAUGUCAAUUCCAGCGCCGACCACGGCCUCGAAUUGUACGAUUUCUUGCAGGAAGACAUGCCCGCUGUGUGGAACCGGUUCAUGGGUCACGACCACUUCCUUGUAAUGGCCCGACCCUCCUGGGAUUUCUCUCAGCCCUUGACCAACGACCCGCCGAUCUGGGGCACUUCGUUUCUGGAAUUGCCAGAGUUCUUCAACGUCACCGCUCUGACGGUCGAGGCGCGAGCUUGGCCUUGGCAAGAACAAGCGGUCCCGUACACGACGUCGUUUCACCCGCCGAAUCUCUCGCUCCUGGAGGCUUGGUUGCAGCGUGUUAGGCGGUCCAAGCGCAAUACGCUGAUGCUUUUUGUUGGUGGUGGAGGUGUCUCUGCAACCCCAAAUAUACGGCGAAGUAUCAGGGAUGAGUGUGAUAAUAGCUCUAGCAAUGUCACCACCAAUAAUGGGUUUGGCUUCUAUGGAGGCUAUUCGAAAUUGUGUGAGAUUGAGGAUUGCUCUAAUGGGAUUUGUGAGCACGAUCCGAUAAGGUUUAUGAGGCCAAUGUUGCAGGCUAGCUUUUGUUUGCAGCCUCCCGGCGAUACUCCGACCCGGAGGUCCACUUUCGAUAGCAUUCUCGCCGGCUGCAUACCGGUUUUUUUCGAAGAGCAAUCGGCGAAGAGACAAUAUGGUUGGCACUUGCCGGAAGAUGAAUAUGAGGAAUUCUCAGUGUUAAUACCAAAGGAGGAGGUUGUUUUCAAGGGGCUAAAGAUUUUGGAUGUGUUGACGAGUAUUUCUAGAGCUAAGGUUAGGCGAAUGAGAGAAAAAGUUAUGGAUUUGAUACCAAGAAUCAUGUAUAGAAAGCAUGGAAGUUCAUUGGGUUUGAGAGCCAAGAAAGAUGCAUUUGAUAUUGCAGUUGAGAACACCCUGCUGAGGAUACAAUCUAAAGUGAAAGAAGUUUCUGUUCAGUGAUCUGAAUUUUGUUUAUUGUAAUUAUAUUUUGCUUUUAUUUUUCUUUUUAAUUUAUAAUUAUUCACUGCAAAGUUGCAGAGGGAAAAAAAGAUCAUGAUUUAUGUUUCCACUUCGAAAACAAAUCAUUCAAUUUUGGGCA